GAAAUCCUGGAGAGAUAUUUUAGAUGAGAAGUUGCUGAUGAUGAGGAUGAUGAGGAUGAGGAUGAUGGUGAUGUUUGAGGGCUGGUUUUUUGCAGCCAUUUAUUUUUCGUUGUCUUGGUCUGGCACAUCCAGUCAGGAGAGUGUGGGAGAGGACCCUGCCCCCACAGCACAUUAUAAAGUCCUACCUAACAAGAACAAUCUGUGCGCAGGCCGGAGAGCUCAGACACUGUCAGGGAAACUGAAGGGGGAGGAGAACAGAGGCGAGGCAGAAGGAGGGAUUUUUCCUCAUGGUUAAUGACAUCGUUUUUUUGGUACUAUCCAGACAAACCUCCAGCCUGAAAUCUGAAACUGCAGAAGUGGUGUGGCUCCGCAAGCAUUCGCUACUCUUUGCUGUGCUCUCUCUCUAUCUCUCAGUUCACUUUUUCCAGACUGGUUUCACUCAUCCUCCAUCACAGAGUCACUUCUUCUGCUACAGCGGAUGAUCCUGAGGGGAAACGAUGCUCCCGAUGGCCCUUCAUCACAUUGGUCUGGCUGCGGUGUUUUGCAUCAGCAGCAGUCUGGCCACACCUCUACCUUUUUACAGUUCUCUGGAGGGAAGUACAGACGAGGAAGAGCUCAGUAACUUAACUUCUUCCCUGCCCACCAGCCACCCUUUCUCUGAGUACCAAACCAUACCUGUUCGCCCCAUCCAUGUGGAAACUGACUUUUUGAGUCAGCUUGUGAACUUUCUGGAGGAGAACAAGCUCCUCAUCCUUGUUGCUGCCACUUUCAUCCUUCUGGUCUUCUUUAUUAUCUGUGGGGCAAUUUUCAUGAGCCGCCGGCGAAAGGUCAAUGCCUACUACCCUUCCUCCUUCCCCUCGAAAAUGUAUGUGGACCACAGAGACAAAACCGGAGGUGCUAAACUAUUUAAGGAAAUGCCAGAAAAACCGGCUCCUGAGCAAGAAAGUGAGCCAGUGGACUCUCACAAGCAGCUCCAGGCCGACAUCAUGAAGGCUGCCAAGAGCCUGCGCACGCUAAACAAAUCUACUGAUGCUGCAGAGGGAAGUGACCUCAGUCAGAAAGUAACAGACUGUAGUCCUGAGGACAGCUCUAAACCAGAUGGCAGCAUCCUGGAUCAGCACCUACCAAGUCUCCCUGAGGAAAAGGAGCCAUGGGAGCUCUCUGACAGCGACGCGGCUUCAGCAGGAGGCAGCCCAGAGCUGAGUCCUCCAGAGCAAGAUGACUCGCAGGAGCCUUUGAUUGACAGGAGUCUCCAGCCCUCCUCUCUGCAUAUUCACGACUCUGCUACAUUUCAGCUGAUCGCAGGAGAGAAAACUGCCUUCUAACUACUCUUAACACUGGGACCUGAAUAUGUUCUCCACCUGAAUCCACCAGUGGCAAUUUGUCCUGUAAACUUCAAAGAUUUCCACAGAUUUACAAAGAAGGAAAAAAAAAAAAGUUUCCAAGUUCCAAUCACUUGAUAUUUUUCUUUUUUGUUCAGUGCAAGAAAGACAAGUGCAGCAAAGCUUUCCUCUGACUGGAUAUAUCAUUAUUGCAUUUUGUAAACAUGUCUCACGGAGUAAUGUCUUUAAUAUCUGGCAUAAAAAUGAUUUCCUUUUAUGUUUUUUUUUUUUUUUUAAAUUCCUUAAGCAUUCCUGCUUAGGGGCAAAUUCAGUAAAAAGGAAUAAAUUGCACUCGAAACAAAACAUGAUACAGGAUACUUUUAUUUUAGACUUUCUAGGAAGCGGUACUAAAUAAUCCUAAACUACACUUAAAACCAGUGGAGCCUUUAAUUGUUUCAAAUCACUUUGCUUAAUUGCAUAUCAAAAGGUCAGUGCUUAGGGUGCAGACAGGAUACUUAAACAGCUCUUAGCUUUAAUCAAUAUCUCCAUCACACCAUUUGAAAUAAACACUCAUCAAGCUCGAAAGUUUAAAAUAUAUAACAUUCUCAAAAAUAAGGCUCAACUUUGUACCAACAACCCAAACAGUGCUCACGUUGUGCGUUUACGUGACAGGCUAAGAGAUUAAGUAUGCAGGGUUAGAGGACCACAGACUACGCAUGGUGUAACAGUGCUACAGAGGGUUGGUGAUGGUGCACUUGUAAUCAAUAUAUUAGGUGUGCGUUAUCAGUACUGCAGGAAAGUGGAAUACUGCUGCUUUUCUUCCUGGCAGUGGGAGGCAAGCAGUGGCCUCCAGCUCAGAGCGAGAGCGCUCUCUUCAAUUGCUGGCCCUGGCUGCCUCCUGCUGGCCGUCCUGUUGCUUGUGGCGAUAGUCAGCCAGAGCAGCCUUGAUGGCAUCCUCCGCAAGCACUGGGGAGGAACAGGAAUUAAAGGUUGAAGAUACUGCACAUACGUGUGUGGAACAGUUUGGAAAAGAAGAAAAUCAUUAGAGGAAUUCAGUGAAGACUUACUGGAGCAGUGGAGUUUAACCGGUGGAAGACUGAGCUCUUUGGCAAUGUCAGUGUUCUUUAUUGUCAAAGCUUCAUCCACCUGAAAAGAAAAGCACAUACUGUCGCUCAAUUAACCAGAAAAACUUGAACAGAGCGGAAUAAAGAAGAAGAACAAAAGAAGUGAGAGAGGAGUGUCAUGUCUGUAGUGUGUUCACUCACAGAUUUGCCCUUCACCCACUCGGUGGCCAGAGAGCUGGAGGCGAUAGCAGAGCCGCAGCCAAAGGUUUUGAACCUGGCAUCCACAAUCUUCCCCUGGUCAUCCACCUCAAUCUGUCAAAAUGAGAGUUUUUACAGUUUUACUCAAGUGCCAAAGUGGGAAAGCAACUACAAGGGAUGACUUCAUUGUGAACCAGUGGAUUAAAAGAAUUGCUCCUGUUACCGUUCAGGUGAUUUGCACAGUGUGUUUAUCCAAAAAAAUAACAUGGGAUGCUUUAUAGCAAUGCUAAACCAAAUCAUGAAAGACUUAGCGCCAUCUACUUGGUAGAAUAAGAAUGUAGUGUAUCAGUGCUCUGUGUGGUUCUCCCACUUCUACUGUGUUAUUAUAAUCCAGCCCAAAUGGCUCUGUGUGUAUACAAGAGGCUGUAAUCCAUCCAUACUUAGUGACAAACAUACCUGGAGCUUCAUUACAUCUCCGCAGGCUGGAGCUCCCACCAAGCCAGUCCCAACAUUCUUGGAGUUUUUGUCCAGUGAGCCCACAUUACGUGGGUUCUCAUAAUGAUCAACCACCUUCAGACAACAGAGAAAAGAAAAACAAUGUGUGAGGAAACAAUUUACCAAAGUGGGUUUUAGCAAAUUGUAGACAGUAUUUUGUAAUACUAAAAUAAAUGACAGGAACCCAGACGGCAGUCGCACCCUGGAAUGCUUUUUCCAUUCUAAAACAAAUCAGAAAAUAAAUGUCUAGAAAUCUUGUGCAUCACUGUUAUACAACGACUAGUUUCCUCCAUUACGUAAGGGAGACUGAAAUAAACAGAUUAGGACUGGAUUUCAUUGUCCUCUAUACCAAUGCCUGCAUCCUGCCCGCUCCCCCUAGUUUGUGCUGAGUCAUUCUGACCAAGAAAACACUAACUGGCUGAGCUUGUAUCACAGUGAAUGUUGUAAAAAGGACUAUAUUUAAUACACAAAAUUUCAUGGGAUUUGAAAUUACUGCAUGUCUGUGUUUUUGUUUACUCUUAAAAACCGAGUUAUCCACAUAUUUAUGAUCCUUCAGCAUUUUAUAACUAAUUUUAUGGUGUGGAAUAAAAUUAGUUACAUUA